AUGAAUAUCCUUCAAAAUCUUAACCCAAAUAUGUGUACGAAUGGUCACCUGAUGUGCGCCGGAUGUUUCACCCACUUAUUGGCUGACGCUCGUUUGCGGGACGAGACGGCCACCUGUCCUAACUGUCGGUGCGUUAUAUCUCGUGACUUAUGUUCCCGUAAUUUGGCGGUCGAGAAGGCUGUGUGUGAAUUGCCCGGACUCUGUCGCUUCUGUAGCAAAGAGCUGCCCCGCGCUCUCCUCGACAAACAUCAGACCGAUUAUUGCGAUGAACGCAUCGUUCGGUGCGCUUUCGCACGGCUCGGCUGUCCCUGGAGUGGACCCUUUCAUGAGUCUGGCACUCACGCAGAGACGUGUUUGCAUCCAAACAAAAGUGGUCGCGAAGUUCUGGACGUUUUGGUCGGUUUGGAUAAAGAGAUAACUGACGAGAAAAAGCUAUACGACUCCAUCUUUGACUUAUUGUCUUUUGAAAAGAUUACAUUCAAUGAUUUGCAGUUAAAGCCGUACCGAACCGACGAAUACAUACAUAAGCUAUAUUAUGAGACCUCGCGGUUCACCGCUUUUAACACCCAAUGGGUUGUGAAGGCCAGAGUGAAUGAGGAACAGAGAGACCCCACACAGUCAUGCGAACGUCAACUCAGUUAUCAAAUUGUGCUCAAAAGCAAACUGACCACUCCUAUGGCCAUUCAUUAUGUCAUUCUCAAAGUAAAUACUACCGUAUAUUCAUUUGCUUUAAUCUUAAUAAAUGACCGCUUCAUUGGUGUAUUCAAGGGUCCAUUCGGUGAUAUGAAACUCUAUCCCCGGCUCUAUAAACAUGAGUUCAACGAAUCGAGUAAUGAGAGUCCUUUUCAAAUAAUAUCAUUGCAUGACUCGCAUGAAUGCAACAAAUUAUUGGCUGCAAAGGCCAUCAACUUUCGGCUGAUUAUGUUUCAAAUGCAGAAAUAGUUUGGAUCCAAACAUCCAUUUCUUUCAAUCUUCUAUUUCUAUUCAAUUAUAUCCUUUAGUUUUAUUUAAUCGAUAAAAACUUACCUCUAAUUGGAUAUAAUUAAUAUUGAGUUACGUUUAGUUAAUAUAUUAUUGUUAUUACUUAUUAUAUAAAUUUGUUGGUUUGAAGUGAAAUAUUGAGG